GUCCCCUUGGGGCCUUGUCAGUCGGUGGGUGGGCUUCGUUUGACAGUUGCGUGACUUGCCCCUCGGCCUCGCUUCUAUCCUUGCCUUGUGUGUUUAUGACGAACCCUCCCGGCUUGCGGGCCCAGACGUGAGAGAGCUUUCCGCUGAAGAUGACGGGCCUGCUUUCCAGGGCGGCUUGUCGAAAGCCCGGGAGCAUCUGGCCGCUUCCGCCUCAACCACGGGCUGGGGUUUUGUGAGCUACUAGUGCCAAGGGUUUUCUUUCCACCGCUGCAAAUCUCGAGGGUCUUACUCAUUAGAAGUUAGAAUUCACAUUUGACGUUUAAAGGAAGAAUUUCCUUAGUACCUUCUCACAAGCACGCACUUCGCAUUUUUAGAUUUCUAGAGUUUGCUUUGUAGAAAGUAAUUUUGAGGUUGUCAGAGAAUAAAUGACGUUAGAAAGGUUUUUAAAGUAAAACAAGAAUGUUAGAUGAUAGCCUGGGAUUUUCUCUUGGUUGUAAAUGAAUAUCUUACUGAGAACCACGUUAACCAUGCCUGCCCCUCAAAGAUAGGAAAGGUUGGAUAUAUAGAAACUUUCUCGUAUUAGAAAUACCGAAGUGCAAUGGUUUUGUGUGUACAAGGGAUUAGGCAAUAGGAGGCUAUUUUUGUUUUAAGACUAGGGUUGAAUUAGCAGAAAGACCAAUAGAAGAUCUAACAACUCUUGUCAGUUGUCAAGGAUAACUUUGAUUAUGAGACUUUGACUUUGUAGCUUCAGUAAUUUCCUCUCGUUAGCUAUUUUAAUAUAGUCGAUUUCCUUGUAAUUGCCAAGAGUAAAAUUUGUUAUUAAACCUUAGAAAGAAUACUUUCUUACUACAAGGAUGGGACGAUAGGAGCGAAAUUUCGAGUCUAAGGGAAAACGCUGGCCGAGUGUGGUGGCUCACGCCUGUAAUCCCAGCACUUCGGGAGGCCGAGGUGGGUGGAUCACCUGAGGCCGGGAGUUUGAGACCAGCCUGGGCAACAAGGUAAAACCCCGUCUCUACUAAAAAUACAAAGAUUAGCCGAGCAUGGUGAACCAAUUAAAUGAAUAAAAAAAGGAGAAAGGCAGUAGAAGAGAAUACAUGCAUGGUUCUCACAAGGCAGGCCUUCUGUCUCUGAUAAGUUUAUACCAUGGAUAGCACAAAGGAGAAGUGUGACAGUUACAAAGAUGAUCUUCUGCUUAGGAUGGGACUUAAUGAUAAUAAAGCAGGAAUGGAAGGAUUAGAUAAAGAGAAAAUUAACAAAAUUAUAAUGGAAGCCACAAAGGGGUCCAGAUUUUAUGGAAAUGAGCUCAAGAAAGAAAAGCAAGUCAACCAACGAAUUGAAAAUAUGAUGCAACAAAAAGCUCAAAUCACCAGCCAACAGCUAAGAAAAGCACAAUUACAGGUUGACAGAUUUGCAAUGGAAUUAGAACAGAGCCGAAAUUUGAGCAAUACCAUAGUGCACAUUGACAUGGAUGCUUUCUAUGCAGCUGUAGAAAUGAGGGACAAUCCAGAAUUGAAGGAUAAACCCAUUGCUGUAGGAUCAAUGAGUAUGCUGUCUACUUCAAAUUACCAUGCAAGGAGAUUUGGUGUUCGUGCAGCCAUGCCAGGAUUUAUUGCUAAGAGGCUGUGCCCACAACUUAUAAUAGUGCCCCCAAACUUUGACAAAUACCGAGCUGUGAGUAAAGAGGUUAAGGAAAUACUUGCUGAUUAUGAUCCCAAUUUUAUGGCCAUGAGUCUUGAUGAAGCCUACUUGAAUAUAACAAAGCACUUAGAAGAAAGACAAAAUUGGCCUGAGGAUAAAAGAAGGUAUUUCAUCAAAAUGGGAAGCUCUGUAGAAAAUGAUAAUCCAGGAAAGGAAGUUAAUAAACUGAGUGAGCAUGAACGAUCCAUCUCUCCACUACUUUUUGAAGAGAGUCCUUCUGAUGUGCAGCCCCCAGGAGAUCCUUUCCAAGUGAACUUUGAAGAACAAAACAAUCCUCAAAUACUCCAAAACUCAGUUGUUUUUGGAACAUCAGCCCAGGAAGUGGUAAAGGAAAUUCGUUUCAGAAUUGAGCAGAAAACAACACUGACAGCCAGUGCAGGCAUUGCCCCAAAUACAAUGUUAGCAAAAGUAUGCAGUGAUAAGAAUAAACCAAAUGGACAAUACCAAAUUCUUCCCAAUAGACAAGCUGUGAUGGACUUCAUCAAGGAUUUACCCAUUAGAAAGGUUUCUGGAAUAGGAAAAGUUACAGAGAAAAUGUUAAAGGCCCUUGGAAUUAUUACAUGUACAGAACUUUACCAACAGAGGGCAUUGCUUUCUCUCCUUUUCUCUGAAACAUCUUGGCAUUAUUUCCUUCAUAUCUCCUUGGGUCUAGGUUCAACACACCUGACGAGGGAUGGAGAGAGGAAAAGUAUGAGCGUUGAGAGGACAUUCAGUGAGAUAAAUAAAGCGGAAGAGCAAUACAGCCUAUGUCAAGAACUUUGCAGUGAGCUUGCUCAGGAUCUACAGAAAGAAAGACUUAAGGGUAGAACUGUUACCAUUAAGUUGAAGAAUGUGAAUUUUGAAGUAAAAACUCGUGCAUCUACAGUUUCAUCUGUUGUUUCUACUGCAGAAGAAAUAUUUGCCAUUGCUAAGGAAUUGCUAAAAACAGAAAUUGAUGCUGAUUUUCCACAUCCCUUGAGAUUAAGGCUUAUGGGUGUUCGGAUAUCUAGUUUUCCCAAUGAAGAGGACAGGAAACGCCAACAAAGGAGCAUUAUUGGCUUUUUACAGGCUGGAAACCAAGCCCUGUCAGCCACUGAGUGUACAUUAGAGAAAACUGACAAAGAUAAGUUUGUGAAACCUCUAGAAAUGUCUCAUAAGAAGAGUUUCUUUGAUAAAAAACGAUCAGAAAGGAAAUGGAGUCACCAAGAUACAUUUAAAUGUGAAGCCGUGAAUAAACAAAGUUUCCAGACAUCACAACCAUUCCAAGUUUUAAAGAAGAAGAUGAAUGAGAAUUUGGAAAUAUCAGAGAAUUCAGAUGACUGUCAGAUAUUUACCUGUCCUGUUUGCUUUAGGACUCAAGGGUGCAUCAGUCUGGAAGCCUUGAAUAAACAUGUAGAUGAAUGUCUUGAUGGACCUUCAAUCAGUGAAAACUUUAAAAUGUUCUCGUGUUCACAUGUUUCUGCUACCAAAGUUAACAAGAAAGAAAAUGUUCCUGCUUCUUCACUUUGUGAGAAGCAAGAUUAUGAAGCCCAUCCAAAAAUUAAAGAAAUAUCUUCAGUAGAUUGUAUAGCUUUAGUAGAUACUAUAGAUAACUCAUCUAAAGCAGAAAGCAUAGAUGCUUUAAGUAAUAAGCAUAGCAAGGAAGAAUGUUCUAGUCUCCCAAGCAAGUAUUUUAAUAUUGAACACUGUCAUCAGAAUUCUUCUUCUACUGUUUCAUUGGAAAACGAAGAUGUUGGAUCAUUAAGUAGACAAGAAUACCGCCAGCCUUACUUAUGUGAAGUGAAAACAGGCCAAGCUCUAGUUUGUCCUGUUUGUAACGUAGAACAAAAGACUUCAGAUCUAACCCUGUUCAAUGUGCAUGUGGAUGUUUGCUUAAAUAAAAGUUUUAUCCAAGAAUUAAGAAAGGAUAAAUUUAACCCAGUUAAUCAACCCAAAGAAAGCUCCAGAAGUACUGGUAACUCAAGUGGAGUACAGAAGGCUGUAACAAGAACAAAAAGGCCAGGAUUGAUGACAAAGUACUCAACAUCAAAGAAAAUAAAACCAAACAAUCCCAAACAUACCCUUGAUAUAUUUUUUAAGUAAACAUUGAACAUUUUAUCAUUAAUUUUUAAUUGAAACUAGUUAUUUUUUAAUCAAUGAAUUUGUUCUUCUGAAUUUAAGUUUGCAGAUUUAUUUAGUGAAGGCAAGUGCAAUAAUCCUUCCUCAGAUGAUGUUUGCUUUUCUAAGAUACAUAUACUGAUUCUGUGUAUCUUUUUUAUAACCAUGAGAAUUUUACUUCCAUAAUACAUCAAUUGGAAAUCAAUCCUGUUAAGAGAUAAUUCUUAAAAGGGAAAUUAGGAAUGGGAUAAAAAGGUGAUUUUUUUAUUAUUUUUAUACUGAAUAUAAAAACAUUUGUAAGGGCUCUCAAAGAUUCACACAUGCCUAUAUUAUCAUAAGAAUUUUUCAGCACUUAACUACUUUGUUGGCAUUGAUCCUAGUAUCUUUAAAUACUUCAUGAGCAUUCAUAAUUAAAAUUUAUCUUAAGUUCUAUGAAGAGUAUUAAUGUAACUAGCAUAAGUGGUUUUCUUCAGGAAAAUAAAUAUCACAGUAUUAUCUGUGUUAAAAUGGUUUUUGCCUAAAAUAUAAUUUUUAAUUUGGCUUUUCUUAUUUAAAAUUCCAUUAUCUUAUGAAUAAGCACUUGAAUCAGUUUUUAAAAUAUUUAGUCUAAGAUGAUUCAAAGUAGUUUUAUUUUAAUACAGGACUUUUAAAUGGCAGUAUUUCAUUUUUUGUCAAUUAUGUUGGUACUUUCCACAAAUCUAUAAAGAAGGAUAAAUUGUACCAUCAUUUUAUUAUAAUCCUCAAGAGAAAAUGUGUAAUUCAAAAGAUUAAUGUGUAUUAAAACACAUUAUGCAUCUUAGUUACAUUUCUAUCAGUAUUUUUAUUAAUAUUUGUGAAAGAAGACAGCUUAAUAGUAGUUAGCUUAAGUAGUUUCUCCAAGUACUUUUGUGCUAUCAAUGAGUUCUUCUCAAAAAAUAAUUAGUUAGGCCAGGCACAAUGGCUCACACCUGUAAUGCCAGCCCUUUGGGAGGCCGAGUGGGCAGAUCACUUGAGGUCAGGAGUUUGAGACCAGCCUCGCCAACAUGGUGAGACCCUGUCUCUACUAAAACGAUUAAAAAAAAAAAAAAAAAUUAGCCAGGCUUGGUGGCACACGCCUGUAAUCCCAGCUACUCAGAUGGCUGAGGCAGGAGAACUACUUGAACCUGGGAGGUCAAAGCUGCAGUCAGCCAAGAUCUUGCCACUGUACUCCAGCCUGAAGAGUGAGACUCUGUCUCAAUAAUAUAAUAAUAGUUAUUAUUUAAUUGCAACAUGAAGUUGGAAGCCAUUUUCUGUUACUUCUUUAAGGAGCUAAAUCUUUUAUAUUUUUGUUUUCUCUCCCCUUGCGUUUCAUAUUUUAGCUUAUGAUCUAAAUAUAUAUUCUGUAUAUUAUAAUAUUUUAGGAAUAGCUUAAUUAAGAACUCACAGACUUUGACAAAGUGGUAACUAGACUUUUAAUUACUAGAUUCUUUAAAUUAGGCUUAAUGCCUGCUAGCAUGCCAAUCCAAUCCCAUGACUGAUGUUAUUAUACACUAUGGCAAAUACAAAGUUGUAGUAUUAUGGUUCUUCAUCGUGUGAUUUACUUAUGUAAAUUAUGUACAAAUUUAAGUUCAAUGAAACACUGAUUUAAUGUACUGAAAGGUAAAUAGUACCAUAGUGAAUUAUUUUCUGUCUUGCCUUAGGUUUAUUUUUAUUAUCUUCAAUAUUAGAAUAAAUGCUAAAUUAUUUUCAUUUAAGGAUUUAUGUAGUUGAAUAUUAUCAUUUAGUAAUAUUUAAUCAUUUGAAAUAAAAUUUAAAGCUUUAAUUGAUCUAA